AUGUCGUGCCGCUCUGACCCCGCCCCGCCCCGUCCCGACGCCGCGCCGCCCCGACCCUGCCCCGCCCCGACGCCGGCCGGCAUGGCUCCUACGCCGCCACGUCCUGCCCUGAAGCCGGCCUCCGUGGCCGCCGCCCCGCCCCAACCCCGCCCCGCCCCGACGCCGACCGGCACGGCCCCUGCCCCGCCCCGACGCCGGCACACGCGGACGCCGCCGCGGCCCGACGUAGUCCCGGCGCGGACGCUGGCCCGCCCCGACGCCGGCCUCCGCGGCCCCAACGCCCCGCCCGGUCCCGGCCCAACGCCGGCCCGCGCGGACGCCGCCGCGCCCCGACGCCGGGCCGGCGCGGACACCGGCCCUCCCCGUCCCGCCCCAACGCCGGCCUGCACGAACCUGCAAGAUGCAUGCUUAACACGUUGUAGUUUCAUUGAGACAGAUCUUCAUUCUGCCCAUUUACAGAUUGGGACAAGGAGGAAAGAGGAGGACGACGAGGAGAAGGAGGCCACGCCGCGCACGUCGUCGAGCCCAUAG